AUGGAGACUCCGAUCAGCAAAGAUCAUAUAGAGUGGGUGAUUCCCAAACCAACCUUGAACGAUUUGUCGUCUUCAUCGUCGGAUAUCGACAACGAUAUAGAUCUUAUGCUCAAUCAUCUCCAGCCUUACUUCCCGCCUUCAUUGUUGCAGAAUAACUUCUCUGUGAAUCAGAUAAAGCUGCGAUUGGCUCCAGAUAAAGUGUCUGAUCCAAGUCAACGUGUUAGGGCAGCGAUUCGUAGUUGUCUAAAGGACGAAACUAACCAAUUGGAAUUUGUGCGUUUGUACCAGAACUCUAUUUCUGUUCGUUUCAAUGAGUUCUUUGCCAAUUUCUACAAUUCCAUGCCCACAGCUCAGUUGGUGUUUCUAGACUACUUCCAUAUAAUAAAAACCAUCACCACAUACUACAACAGCAGCUUGAUUCACUUGAAUCUCUCACCGUUGGCUAGAAACUUGUGCACACGUAAUAUCAACUCGCUUUUCUAUAGCAACUUGAUAAUACGACAGAAUUCGAAAAAUUCCGAACAAAGCCAACAUCAAGAAGAUACCUAUUUUUUGCAGUCUCUUAGGGAAUUUCUUGAUGUCUAUGUUUUCAAAAAUACCCUAGCAAAUCCGUUUUCAGACAACUCAGUAAAUCUUAUAGACAUCUUUACCACCUUGAUAUCCAUAAACUUGAACAAGGAUAUCAAUCAGCUCUUGAUACAGUUAUCUAUACAGAAGAUCAAGCUGUUUAUCAUAGCCAAUUGUUCGGGAAUAUGGGAUAAGCCGCUUCUUGAAACAAUUACAGAAUUUAUCCAGAACGAAAUAUACCCCAACUUCUCCAUUAUAGCCAGCUAUUCGGCAGAUUUAAACCUCACCAAUUCUGUAAACAACGUGUAUUUGUACGACCUAAUAAAAUUGGCACAGUUAGAGUUGGUCUCGUUGAGAAUUAAAGAAAUCUAUAGCAUCAUCUUGUACUAUCCCAACAGUUCAGAUGGACUCUACGAAUUGUACCAAUGUUUGCUGACAAAAUUCAAUCAUCACCACUAUAACCAAACCCCAGAUCAAUCUCAUCAUUCCACUAACUUGAUCAACGACAUCACCAACCUAUCGAAUUUCUCGUAUUUGGCGAACUAUUCAUUGAAGUCCCAGGCUUAUCAAAGAGCCAAACUUGUAGAUACUUUUGUGGAUUUGUGCCACAAGAAUUUGCUUCAUUCUGGGGCAAACACUGUAGAUGUCAUAACCACUUAUACCAAGACUAUCAAAUCAUUCCUAAUUAUAGAUCCAAAGGGUGUCUUGCUUGAUAAAGUAGUGCGUCCUAUUAGGCGCUAUCUAAAGACUAGAGAAGAUAUAAUCAUCAAAAUCGUACAUGGUCUAUUGGAUGAUGAUGAAUCUUCCAAUGAAUUGAUAGAAUUAGCAAAGGAAUUAAGAAGGGCCAAAGCCAAGACUUCGAAAAAGAGAAGCGUUGUGGAAGAUUCUCUUGAUAUGAACUGGGUUCCUGAUCCAAUAGACGCCUUGCCAGAUUUCAAGAAAGGCAAGGUCAGUGACAUAAUCGAGUCGUUGAUAUCCAUCUUUGAUUCCAAUGAGAUCUUCAUAAAUGAAUUCACAAAACUAUUUGGUCAACGCUUGGUCAACUUGCAUAAUUACGAUGUUACGGAUAUAGAGGAACGCCUCAAUUUGCUCAAGCUUAGGUUUGGCAAGAAUGAGUUUACAACUUUGGAUAUCAUGAUUAAGGACAUCAAAGAGAGUAAGGUUCUUAACAAGAAAUUGACCGCCAGACUGGGAAUACAAGCUCCGAAUUUCCAUACUUCUAUAUUGUCUCAUUUGUUUUGGCCAACUGUGUUGGAGAAUUUAUCCGAAAAUGAUAAUUUCAAUUUACCUCCAGAAAUCAAUAUCAAGUUUGAGGCAUACAAUAGUGACUACACUAGUUAUAUGAAAGGGCGGUCAUUGAAAUUUUUGCCCAGUCUUGGAUCAGUAAAAAUUGAACUUUCGUUCAACAACAAGAUUACGCAAAACUUUGAAGUUACUCCUGAUAGAGCUGCUAUUAUUUCUCUUUUUGAUGACAAUUCGAGUGAGCUUUCUGUAGAUUUCAUUUCAAAGAAAUUAAAUAUGUCUCCAUAUAUGGUUUCCAAAGGUUUGUCUUUUUGGGUGAAGGAAGGAGUUUUGCUUGAGCUAACGAAGACUUUGUUUAUUGUCAACGAAGACGACGCUGAAGAAGAUGUUCUUCAUUCUGCGUCUAUUCCUUCAGCUGCUACUCUAGCAAAUUCUGGGUCUGAUAAAUCUAUCAAUCUCAAGUUUAAAGAGUUGGAAGUGCUCUGGCCGUACUUGAAGUCGAUGCUAGAAAAUAUCUCAUAUUUGAAGUUUGAGAGAGUGAAGACUUUGUUGAAGUUGACUGUCCCAAAAGACAAGUUCGAUUUUGGAACUAUUGAUGACAGUAAAUUGGAAGACUAUUUGGACUGGCUAGUUGAUGAAGAGAAGUUGGAAAUUACCCAGCAAUCUUACAAGCUAAAGGAAUAG